GGAGAUACGCCGGGCGUCGGGCAAAAGUUCGCUGAUCGACGAUUCCUCCUCCUUCAGUCGUUUCAGCGACUACCAGUCGAAGCCUCCGUUAACGCGCGCCGCUCGAGGGUCAUAAUUUUCCUCGGACCACGGGUAGGAUCGCCCUUGAAGGACCUCGCGAAGGAUCGAUCGUACCCCUGUCCACGGACCAGGCCACACUGCGAACCACUGCGAGAACACGGCUCGAUGGAGUCUCCGAUCGCGAUACUCUUUCAAGUACUAUCGUCUGCGAUCGCACAGUGCAUCGAGUUCAAAAACAAGUCCACGCAAAGUUUCCGCGAGCGUAGUUCGUCGCGAGCAGCGCGUGUCGAUGUUAUCGUCGAACGACCAGCGUUUCGAUCGAUCUUAAACAUGGAGAAUGAAGGAUCUCCGUCCGUCGCGACGCCCAAGCCACAGGAAGGUGCAACAGGAUGGACGUUCCCGUCGAUUCUGGAGUCGGGCGUCAUCACAGCGUCGCAGAGUUUCGUGGGACAGGUGUUGUUCAAGCUGGUCGAUUCGUUUCUCUGGGUGGUCGAGAAGUCCGCGCAAUGGAGUCUACCAGCUCAGGAGAUCAACGCCGACGAGAAUGGAAAAGUGUUUGGGAAGAUACAGCUGGUGAGGCCGCUGCCUUGGAUUCUAUUCCUGCCGAGUUUGCUAAUGUUGCGUAUCGUCAGAGCUGGAUUGAACGUGGGCGCCUUUGUCCUGGGCUACCCAAAAAUACAACCGAGUGGAAUGGUAAAGUACGUGCAAAAGAGUCGCAGACGUUUAAGAGCGUUGAAUUUGAAGGCGGUAAAGUCUGCUAGGCGCAAAAUGAGUAACAAGGACAAGAGAUUGACGUUGAUCGAGGCCAAGAAGGCCCUGAUCAGAUCCAUCAGAUUGACACUGUCGACGCUAUCUUGCUUGGACACGUCCAAGUCGUCGCCGUCGCCUCCGCCGACGAAAAUUCGCAUAACCGGCAUGGAUCUCGAAACGGCAGCAACGCCGGACGAGAAAUCGACCACGGAAUCCACCGGAAGUCCCAUGCACGCGGAGAUCAAGCGCAAGUACUCUCAGGUGAGCUCCGGCGAGGAGAGCAGCGACGACUCCGAGAACGAGACGCUGCAAGCGAAGCUCGACAGAAUCGCGUUGCACGACACUUCGGACAACAGCUCGGACGAUCCCGAUUUCAACCCCGGCGAUUGCGUGACGGAUUCGAGCACGUCGAGCAGCGAGAACGAGGUGGACAAGAACGUGUCCCUGACCGAAGUGCUGGACGUUCAGAAAGAGUGCGGGGAGAUUCAGAACAGUUUCGAAGAGAAGCCCGAGCCGCUUACUCUCGAUAAGUUGCAGGAAGGAAGCGCGAAGAGCACGGAGGAGACGGAGUCCAGCAUCGGUCGCGUGGACAGUUCGGAGUCGAAGCUGCAAACAACCAGCCGUACCAGCAUCGAUUUUAUCAACGGGGAAGUAAAUUCCACUUUGCCACCCGUGCCAACAGCGCCAGCACCGACGCCGGAAGUGACGAACGGAGUGGUGGCCGAGCACAAGGGGUCGAAUCGCAGGUCGAGCAACGCUCCGUCGCAGCCGCGAGGCUUCAACGCGAGGGAACACGCGCCGGCCAGUCAGGAGAAAAAGAGCAACCCUCGCAAGAAGCCGGGUCGAAGAGACGCCAAAUAGACCGCGGGGUUCUCUCGAUCGAAGAAACGAGCAGAGCGAAAACGCUUUCGCUCGGUGCAGGCUCGUCGACGGGGGCUUGUGGGUAAAACGGAGCCCUCUCGAUCGCGAGUCGUCUUACGAGAAACGAUGCUCCUUCUGGGUACAUGUAGCGCGCACGAGGAACAACGUUAUCGGUAAGGUUGCAGAGUGUUAAUCGAACGGUCAAGAUCGAAUGUUUCGCGCGAUUAGCGUUGUUCGACUACGCUUCCGGAGAUACCGCUGCGUUAUCGCCCGUUAUCGACCACGAUUUCAAACGAACCGUACGCGUUACCGUUUCUCGCGAAAGAAACGCUACGAAAAAUCGGUACUCUUCGGUCGCCCUUUCCGCCACAAUCGUCGAUACGUACGAUAUUGUAUUCCUAAACUCUUUGUUUAUUAUUAUUAUCCUGUUGCAUGCCCGUGUACUACGAGAAGAAGCUGAAGACAUUCCGUGUUCCCAUAGUGUGCAAUUAUUCGCGUUCGUUAUAAUCGACGGAGUGUAAAACAGCGAUCGGUUGUUUAAUUUCAUAUCGUAUCAAUAAUAACUAGCUUUAGACCAGUUUCACGCUAUUUUUACAAAAAGACAUUCACCGUUUCCAUAGUUCGCGAUUAUUUGGAAACUUGACGCACGUUUUCGUUACUUUGUCGAGCAAAAUCAUUCUGAUAAUACACCGUUUUUUAUUACGUAUUAUGUUUAUACGGUAGCAGCUUCCAAGAAGAAAAGAAAAGAAUCUUACAUCUCGCUAGUUUCGCCCAGCCAUCUUGUUCAUCCCCUUAAUUAUAUUUUCCAUUCCGUUCCAUCGAUUCGCGAGAGUAUGCGAGCGGACGAAGGGUAUGGAAAUUCGUAAGUUUACUUUAUCUCGCGCUUCACGAACGUACGAUUAUCUCAUCGCGCGAGGCCGGCUUGUAUGGUUAUCGCUAUAGAUGUACAAUUAACUUUUACAUUAAUAAAUUAUUUAAUCUAACGUCUGUUGCGUUACGAAAUCCGUCGUCGAACGCAAUAAACUGCGUACAACCACGAUGACAUAAUCGAUAUAUGUACAUAUUUCGCGUAACCUUCGGUCGAAAGGAAGUUAACUUGUUUUGACUAGAACCGAACGUUUAAUUACGAGCCGACGCGAACGUAAUUAGAAUUAAUCGGUGAUCGCGUACUUUUUCUUCAUUACUCGAUUUCGAUAACGGAAAGUGUAUUAAUUGUAACAAAAGAAAGAAAAAAAACAAAUUCAAAGUUCGAAUUUCUUCUCGUCAGUCUAUGGUGUUGGGGUAUAAUCGUUAAGGAAAAUUUUAAAUAUAUUAAUCAAGUGCUUUGACACUCAAAGUAUCUAAGAAUUUUAGCAAGACUGCCAAAAUAAUCACGACAAAUUUUAAAUUUAAAUUAAAUCCAAUCGUCUGAAAAGAAUAUGUUGAUCUCUGCAGAGAGUUUCACGAAUUUGGUCUGACAAUGUGUCGAUUGACUUCCUCGCGAUCACAGACAAUUUCCCGUCCAGUUAUUUCUACUCUAAUCUUCGAUUGUUAAGCACGUUUCUUUAUACUUUAUUAAAAUAUCUUUAAAUUACGUAUUAGACGAUGUUCUUUUCUCGAAUUCUAGCCUCACGACACCCUUUAUAUCGCGGAGAACGAUGCUCGAGAAAUUCACGGUACGCGCGACAAUGUAACAAACCGACGCGACGUUUUAUUGUCCACGAUGUUAAUAAUAUCGAUACGGUGCGCUCGUUCUUGCGAAAAAAAAUACCCCUUAUCGUGAAUCACGAUAAAUAGAGAUUACGGCCCAUAUGCCGUGCGUGUGCUUGAUGGACAGAUAAGUGCGUUACACUGUCCUAGAAAUGGAACGAAAGAAAAGCUUGCAAGUGACCGUUUCACCGAUCCUUGUAAAUCAUCA